UUCAGCGUUCAAAGGGUUUGGCGGCUGGCUCGAGCCAGAAAGAAACGAUCGUUUACUUUUGGUUCCGAGUGGAUUCGAAAAGGGUGUUCUUUGCCCACAUGGCAAUAACACCGAACCGUGUAACACUAGUGUGAACUCGACGCAUGGACUGAGAACCUUCUGAUCUAGCCCUGUGUUGGCGACCUGGAGUGACGCACACACCACCAUGUUGCUGGUAGAUGUUUCCUCAUGAGGCGGAGGAUGGAGUCUGGGGGAGGAGCCGCUCAGCAGACCAACGCUUGGUUGAUCUGCUCAGACACCACACACGCACCCAAAGUGGAAUAUCUAUUAUAACCUCGUUGUCAGGCAGUGCAACAAAUGGAUCAAAGCGGCGACUGAGAAAACUUUUGACAAAGUUUAACUUUAGGAAAAGCUUAACCAUAAAGUGCCUUCGAUCCCCGGAACCUUGUGUGCCAACACUGCGGCUGAGAAAGACUCACGAUGUCUGAUGGUGAUUACGACUACCUCAUCAAGUUCCUAGCACUGGGAGACUCAGGAGUUGGGAAGACCAGCUUCCUGUACCAGUACACGGACGGGAACUUCAACUCCAAGUUCAUCACCACGGUCGGGAUUGACUUCAGAGAAAAGAGGGUGCUGUACCAGGCCAACGGACCCGAUGGAGCCACCGGCAAGGGGCAGAAGAUCCACAUCCAGCUGUGGGACACAGCCGGGCAGGAGAGGUUUCGGAGUCUGACCACGGCCUUCUUCAGGGACGCCAUGGGCUUCCUGCUGCUCUUCGACCUGACCAAUGAGCAGAGCUUCCUCAACGUCCGGAACUGGAUGAGUCAGCUGCAGGUUCACGCCUACUGUGAGAACCCAGACAUCGUUCUAUGUGGGAACAAAUGCGAUCUGACCGAGCAGCGGGCUGUGAAGGAGGAGGAGGCCCGCGACCUGGCCGACAAGUACGGGAUCCCGUACUUCGAGACGAGCGCGGCCAAUGGGCAGAACGUGGGCGGGGCCGUGGACGUGCUGCUGGACCUCAUCAUGCGGCGGAUGGAGCGCUGCGUGGACCGCUCCUGGAUCCCUGAGGGCACGGUGCGCGCCAACGGCACCGGGCCCGCCCCCCUGGACCAGCCCCCCCCCCCGGAGGGCGGCAAGUGUGCCUGUUAGUGGCCGGGGGGCCACCCCAGGGGGCCCGACUCCCAUGGGGCACGAGGAUGAGGAGGCUGGGGGUGGGUUGGGCAAGUGAGGACAAAGGGCAGGAACAGGAAGCGAGCUGAUGUUCCGCGUUGUUUCCAGCGGCCGUCUGUCGGUUCGGAUCUCUGUAGUUGCGUCGUAUCGAAGCGACCUCACUGGUCGCAUCGAAGCGACCUCUCUGGUCUCGCGGGGCUCCCUUCUCUUUUCUUCUUUCGAGCAACGGUCCGUUUGAGUAUACAUAAUGAUAGCCCUAUUCCAUGUUAGUUUAUGUACUUGGAUUGUGUUUGUUGUUUUUAGCGGUUGAAUCCGUCACUCGUUCGACCGAUGUUUAAACGGUCCGAUCACCAAGUUUCUUUUUACGUUCAUCACCACGUCCUCCCAUUCACCCUAUGCUGAGGCUCAGAUACCAAACAUAGAUACCCUAAUAUGGCAGUUCCUCUUCCUAUUUAAUGAAAUACAUUUAUUAAUAUAAAAAUAUAGUCAAUCAACCCAGGAGGAAAGUGUGAGGAACCUUCGGGUCAUCAGCCACAAUAAUAACGAUCAUUGUUUACAGUCACCAGCAGCAUGAAGCGUGUUUCUGUCACACAGGGCAUGCCUCUCCCACCAGCCCUUAAUUCCAGGUCCAUGCCACAGAGAGCUGGUGAAUCAUCAUCUAUAGGAAGUCCACACUGUAUUUCAGAGGACAGCACGUGCCUGUUUGACUUUUUGUGCUAUUAAAAUAAAACCGAUUUUUUAUUAGUAUUUUCUAUAAUCCCUAUACCGGUCCAUCAUUUAAAUCAUUUUUUUUAAUAAAAAAAUAUUGAUAAUAGGAACUGCAAGUCACCAGAAAAGCUGUUAAUAUUUUUGUAACUCAAGUAAAGAAAAGCCUGAUUGGUUCAUUUUAUCAGCCAAUCAGCAACACUACGACCACAGCUUGUUCCUGUUUUCAGGGACUAAUGUGUCGGCCACUGAUUGGACUGCUUUUGUGUGACUGGUUAUAUUCUAAUCAGGGCUAACAUAACACAAAUCUGAUUUAGGAAUAGAAAGCAUCAAAAAGCUGGGGUGUAGCAAACAGAAUCUAAAACAACGCCAUGUUUUACUAAAUGUCCCCGGGCCUUACUGCUUGUUCAUUGGUUAAUACCAUCUGAAGAGAUACUGUUGGACAUCUGAUGGACCUCCAGUAAUACUAAGGCAGCUUAAAGCCCCCAUAAUGAGGGUCGGCCCCAUUUAGGAAUGUAAGAAUAUGAGUUUCCCCCUCAGGUAAAUAACAAUCACCUGAGGCACCAAGACUGAAACCCUCUGAUCAUGUUAUGACACUGAAUAGCAAAGACAAUGGUAUACAGCAUAAUGUGAUGGCAGUAUAAAUACUUAACCCCAUGAAAGGUUUUAUAGUUGCACUGCCAAGUAUGUGUAAAGUUAGUAAACAAUGCGCUCAUGAUUUACAUUUAAUGCCAAUAGUUAACACUAUUCUAGAUCCCAUGUUGGAAUGUUUUUUCAAUGGUAGUUUGAUACCGAUGCCAAAUACACACCAUCCGAGUCAUAUAUUGGAGACUUUCAAAUGGAAAAUAUGUGAACUAUGCAAAAAUAAAUAUAUUUUAUUUAUCGUGUGAAA